GUGGCGGCGGGGGUGUUGGGCCGACUGCUGGACGCGGCUCAGCAGCCGCACUCGCUCUUUGAGGUGGCGGCGGUGGUAACGCAGCCGCCGUCCAGCCGGGGCAGGGGGCGCACUAAAGGACAGCUGCAGCCGACCGCCGUGGGACAGCUGGCAGCAGAUCGCGGCCUGCCGCCCGACCGUAUCCUCUCGCCUGCCACGGCUCGCGAUCCCGCCUUCCUAGAGGCGCUGAAGCACCUGCAGCCAGACAUGUGCAUCACUGCAGCAUAUGGAAACUUCCUCCCGUCUUCCUUCCUCUCUAUCCCGCUCCAAGGCACUGUGAACAUUCACCCCAGCCUGCUCCCCAAGUUCAGAGGAGCAUCGCCCGUGCAGCGAGCACUGGAGCAAGGGGUGGCAGAGACAGGAGUGACAGUGGCGUACACGGUGCUGCAGAUGGAUGCAGGCCCCAUCAUCGCACAGGAGCGGGUGCUGGUAGCGGAUGACGUGCAAGCACCUGAACUGCUCAACGACCUCUUUCAUCGGGGCACGCACCUGCUACUGCAGCAUCUGCCCGCCGUGCUGGAUGGCUCUGCGGCUGCCACUGCGACGCCGCAAGACGACUCCCAAGCUACCCACGCGGCUAAGGUGGCAGCAGAGGAGGGCAUUCUCAACUUCUCUCUGCCAGCCCUCACUCUGCACAACAAGGUUCGGGCGUUCCCCCCCUGGCCCGGCACCCGAGCCUCCUUCCUAACCAAGGACCCAGUGACGGGCGACGUGGACAACGUGUCUCUCAAGCUCCUCCGCACGCGGCCCCGCCCCGCUACCCCCGCCUCCUCCCCACCAUCCCCCGCGGUGGCACCGGAGGAGGUGGAGGAGGUGUGGCUGGAGGGGCAGGCCAUGCUUGUUCCGUGCAGUGAUGGAUCUGUGCUUGAGGUGCUGGAGGUGCAGCCAGAGAGCAAGCGACCAAUGACAGCCAAGCAGUUCUGGAACGGCCUCCGCAACCGCAAGCUCUACCGCCCUGCUUGA